GGGCACGGCCAGACAAAGGCGCGGCCCCGGCCCGGCCCAGCCCGGCCUGCCGGCCUCCGCGCGCCCCGGCCCGACCCAGCCGCUCCCGCUGGGCGCCCCAAGCGGGUCUGGCCCGGGGAGCGGGGGCCGCGGCCGCCGAGCAUGGGGAAAUCCAAUAGCAAGUUGAAGCCUGAAGUUGUGGAGGAGUUGACCAGAAAAACCUACUUCACCGAGAAGGAAGUACAGCAGUGGUAUAAGGGCUUCAUCAAGGACUGCCCCAGCGGGCAGCUGGACGCGGCUGGCUUCCAGAAGAUCUACAAACAGUUCUUCCCGUUCGGAGACCCCACCAAGUUCGCCACGUUUGUUUUCAAUGUCUUCGAUGAGAACAAGGAUGGCAGGAUCGAGUUCUCUGAGUUCAUUCAGGCACUAUCGGUGACCUCGAGGGGGACCCUGGAUGAGAAGCUGCGGUGGGCCUUCAAGCUCUAUGACUUGGAUAACGAUGGCUACAUCACCAGAAAUGAGAUGCUGGACAUAGUGGAUGCCAUUUACCAGAUGGUGGGGAACACCGUGGAGCUCCCAGAAGAAGAAAACACGCCAGAGAAGAGGGUGGACCGGAUCUUUGCCAUGAUGGACAAGAAUGCCGAUGGAAAGCUGACGCUUCAGGAGUUCCAGGAAGGCUCCAAGGCCGAUCCCUCCAUUGUGCAGGCGCUGUCCCUCUAUGAUGGGCUGGUAUAGUCCAGGCCUAGAGCUGGGAUGUGUGGGAACCACUCGCCUCUUCCUGUGCCAUGAGGCCACCGCAGCCUGACACCACCCCGUGCCCACCCAGCCUUCCUCAUCUACACACAGCCGGCCACCCUUGAGCCUCCGGACCUGGUUCUCCUCCCCCCUUGCCCUGCAUCCACCUGCUGCCUGAAGCCGCUGGUUCCAAUUGUCAACAACCUCCGCUUGUCCAAAACAGCGACGAACCGAAAUGGAAAAGGCUCCAGCCCUCCGCAGACUAAGGACUUGGCUGUCACCCUUGGUCAGCCCUUCCAUUCCUCCUGCUUCUCCUGCGUGUGUGCUUUCGUUUUUAUUUCAAAUGGACAUUGUAAAAGAAAACAAACAAACUACCUUCUGUUCUAGAAGAUACUGACCCUCGGGAGAAGGCCUCUGGGUCUCAGAGAACUCAAUCUCUGCCUGGCCCUCUACAGCGGUGGCCGGGGCCCAGGGUUGCCUGGUGAGGGCUCACAGCCCAGCCUUUAGCAGCGAGGCCGCUGGCAGGCAAGGUUGGUUAGAUGUGACAACAGUGUUGUGUGUUCUGUGGGGAAAGUGAGUUUUUUUUUUAUACUCAUAUAUAAUCGAUACCUUUUAUUUAUUGGUUGUUAACUAUUGCUGCUACCUUGUGUGUCUGAAACUCCCAGAAUGCUGGGCCUCCGUUUACAUGUGCACACCCUCACCCACCUGCCCACCUCAUAUAGGAGGAUGGUGGCCUGCAGUGGCCAAGAAGCCAAAAAUCUUUUCCUCUUUUUUUCAGAUACUGUGCUCCAUUUUUGGAGAGGGGAAGGUGGGCAUUCCUAAAUGGCUAAUGUACUGUUUCCCAGCUUCUGCCCUGCAGUUCCCACCCCUCUCUCUCCUCUGCUCUCCUUGGAGUCCACAACACUUUUUUUUUUUUCAAGGACAAAUGGGACUUUUUUUUUUUAAAUUUUGCAACUCUUGCUCUGAUGUUCACAGCAGAGAGAAAAUGGAGGAGCUUGUCCUGGGAGUGGGAACUAGGAGAGGGCACCCGGUGUGGAGAGUGUGAAGUGGGCUUUUCUGCAAAGCACUGGUUGAUGCUAGGGGUGUGUGUGGCCUGUGAACUCCUGGGCUUUCCUGCCCGGCUGCCUUUGGCAGCAGGCUCCAUGGCUUGACUUCUCCGCUCCGAGUCUGGGAAGGAGGGGGUGAAAGGAAAGGACCAGGCCAUGCUGCUGAGGGAGGCUCUGCUUCUCCAAGACUGAGUCCAGAGCCAGGGGUAGCUCCAUUUCUGUCACCAGGAACACCAGGAAGCUGUGGACCAGAAGCAAGGAGCCUGAGUCUGCCUUCUCAGUCAGCGGGGCUAAGGGGCCUGGUAGUUGGUCUUGCUGACAUUCGAUUCUCAGCCUGGAGCUUGGGUUCAUACAUCUGUGACACUGUUUUGUGGUUGUGUUUGCCAGGCCCUGAGUGUCUGAUGGCACACAUUCUAGCCCCUCUUUAGCAUUCUCUAGGCUCUUGAGCUCCUCUGGGGCUCAUCCUCACCCUGGGCAGAUUUCUCGGGUGAGACAAGGCCUCCCAGCUGCAGAGAGGCAGGCCUGGGCCCAUAGCUCUUGCUUCUAGCUUUAUGUAGUCUCUCUGGCCACCAUUGAGAGGGGGGAAAUGGCCCCUGGAUUUUGUUCUGCUCCAAUCCUCCCAUAAUGUCCACCGUACUUCUGAGAGGCCAGACUUCCUUGCAAGUGACCCAUGGGUGAGUAGCUACCAGCUGAAGGAUGGAUGUUCUCCAUCAAGAGGUGGUUUUGUCCUGCCUCUGCAUUGCUGUGGGUAAGAAUGCGUAGCCAGUCCAUAAAGCCACCCUUUUCAUGUGCCCCCGCCAGCCCACCAGGUCUCACAGGGCUCCGGCUGCAGGCAAUUUUCCUUGAGGCUUCUUUAGGUCAGCUUCCUGCGUGGCCACUGAUGGGGCCUCUAGGACAGGGAGUAGGUGUGGUGACUUAGGUUGAGAGGAUGGGAGUGGACUCUCUCUGAUCUCUGGAUCCUCAGUUGUCCUCUCCUCUCUGUCGGUCGCGUAUUUGGUGGCAUCAAGGUUCAGUGGAUUCCUAGCUGAGAACUGUCACUAGUUAAGCAUGGAUGUUCACCAAGUCUGUGGGGCCAAGUUUCCUCUCAGCAUCUUGGCUUUUUGGUUUGCAGCCUCAAGUGUGGCUUUGGUCUUCAGUUUAUGUCCUUGGGCCCAUGCCUGGGACACUGAAACAGCUCUGUUUCCAUCCAAGGAUGAGUGCUGACUGCCUUCUGUCCUUCUCUUUCACCAGCCGUUAGCUGUGGCACACAGCAUGCCCAGAAUCUGAGGCUGGGCCUCUUCUGAGCAGCCUGAGGGCCUCUCCCCAAGUUCAUUUCCACUGAGUCCCACCCCAUCUGAUGCUGCUUUCUUUAGGGGUGUGGUCCAGCCUGUGAAGCCAGGUCCCUGGUCCCUCUGCAGACCCUCCCUCCUGGGGCCAGUGAUGCUGUGCCCUCUUCUUCCAAACAUUUGCUCACCACUUUGUGUUGACGGUGACUUAUAGAGCGUCACGACUUUGUGAUAUCUAGCCAGGUUUAAAAUAACAAGGCAAAUGUAUGCGGCAUUGGCAUCUCUUCCUUUAAUUGCUCUGCAGUUUGACAGUUGAUUUCCUAUGAAGAUGCAUUUGGGCCUUCGGGGACAUUGUCUCUUAUAGGGGAUGGUAGAGUGCCUGGGGAUCCUUGGCAUCUCUCCAGAGGAAGCCCCCCCCCAAGCAGAAAGCCACUGUGAUUCCCCCCAGUGUAUUUCCGAAUUUACAUGAUUCAAGGAUUACAGGGGCUCCCCCUGGUGGUGAUGAGUUGUAGUGCGUCACCUGGGGGCUGCAGUGGUCCAGCAAGUGGCUAGAGGUGGGAAGGCCAAGGAGGCUGUGGUUCAAGAGACCCUGGACCCCCAGCCACACAUAUUUGGCAGCAUGUCUCCUACCUGCCCCUCCACUAGGUCAUCUGAGACUGGCAAGGUAAUUGGCAUAAGGGCACAGUGGGAAGCUUUUCCCUCCCAACUUUAAUUUUUUUAAAAAUAUCUGCAGAAUAAACCCAAUGGUUAAUUUUUGAAUGAAUAAAAGGCUUUUGUUGAAUAAA